AUGUUGAGGCUGUGUGUGUGCGGAAAAUAUCUAAACCGACUGAGGGUCGUCAAAAUGGUAUAAAUAUUAGCGCAUCUCGGUCCAGCGACCACUCGCAGUUCUACAGCGAAAGUGUUGAUUUGGAUUUCUAGUUUUUCUUCUUUUAAACGUAAAAACAGCCAGUAGCCAAGAUGUGUGACGACGAGGUUGCCGCAUUGGUCGUGGACAAUGGAUCCGGUAUGUGCAAGGCUGGUUUCGCCGGCGAUGACGCGCCCCGCGCCGUCUUCCCCUCGAUCGUGGGCCGUCCCCGUCACCAGGGUGUCAUGGUCGGCAUGGGACAGAAGGACUCCUAUGUGGGCGAUGAGGCCCAGAGCAAGCGUGGUAUCCUCACCCUGAAGUACCCCAUUGAGCACGGUAUCAUCACCAACUGGGAUGAUAUGGAGAAGAUCUGGCACCACACUUUCUACAACGAGCUGCGCGUCGCCCCCGAGGAGCACCCCGUCCUCCUGACUGAGGCUCCCCUCAACCCCAAGGCCAAUCGUGAGAAGAUGACCCAGAUCAUGUUUGAAACCUUCAACGCCCCCGCCAUGUAUGUGGCCAUCCAGGCCGUGCUCUCCCUUUACGCCUCCGGUCGUACCACCGGUAUUGUUCUGGACUCCGGUGAUGGUGUCUCCCACACUGUCCCCAUCUAUGAAGGUUAUGCCCUGCCCCACGCCAUCCUGCGUCUGGAUCUGGCUGGCCGCGAUCUGACCGAUUACCUGAUGAAGAUCCUCACCGAGCGCGGUUACUCGUUCACCACCACUGCUGAGCGUGAAAUCGUUCGCGACAUCAAGGAGAAACUGUGCUAUGUUGCCCUGGACUUCGAGCAGGAGAUGGCCACCGCUGCUGCUUCCACCUCCCUGGAGAAGUCGUACGAGCUUCCCGACGGUCAGGUGAUCACCAUCGGCAAUGAGCGUUUCCGUUGCCCCGAGUCCCUGUUCCAGCCUUCCUUCUUGGGAAUGGAAUCCUGCGGUAUUCAUGAGACCGUGUACAACUCGAUCAUGAAGUGCGAUGUGGAUAUCCGUAAGGAUCUGUACGCUAACAUCGUGAUGUCGGGUGGCACCACCAUGUACCCCGGUAUUGCCGAUCGUAUGCAGAAGGAGAUCACCGCCUUGGCGCCAUCGACCAUCAAGAUCAAGAUCAUUGCCCCACCAGAGCGUAAAUACUCCGUCUGGAUCGGUGGCUCCAUCCUGGCCUCGCUGUCCACCUUCCAGCAGAUGUGGAUCUCCAAGCAGGAAUACGACGAGUCCGGUCCCGGCAUCGUCCACCGCAAGUGCUUCUAAGCGAUUUGAACACUGCACCACACUGAAAACCACAACACACCACACAACAACAACAACAGGAAAAAAUCAAACAACCAAAUACACCAAAACCAAAACAAGAACAAGAACUAGAGCCUAGUGCUAAAGAUGACUAAUUUUAAGUAAAAACCUCUUGCUGCCCUGCCAUCCGUGAAAAACUAAAGGAUCCGCGAUUCAAUGUAACAGCAUGUAUUAUACUUAUAUAAAUAUUUAUUGGAAGUGUCGCGCAAUGGCGAUGAUGUAGGAGUUGAGGAGACACAAGAAUGCAAAAUUUUAAAGUUAAAACAAAAUAAAAUUAUUGAAUAGCA